AUUAAAGUGAAGAGACAAGAAAGGUAUCAACGGUGAAGACCCUGCCCAGAACGUCGCAAAUCGUCAAUUCGAAUCGGUGUUUCCACCUGCUAUUUCCCAACACAAGUUUUCUGAUUUGCAUUUGAUAUGUCGGCUCACACAGCAAAAAGGAGGAGGCUGAGCCCUUCUCCGGAUGACGCUCCGAAUGUCCAGCAUUUCGACUCCGAUGCCAACUUCAAGUCGAAUCCAAAUAGACCAUGUGAUGGUGAUGAACCGAAAGAACAACCUCAUAAAAUGGAAAUCUCUUCGUCACACAUAGCUGGUCGAGGAAAAAAUGACAGCUCCGCCGAGCUCGCACGAGCAAGCGGGUUCUACAAGUCCAGUUUUUUCAAGUUGCAAAUGGACGAGUUACUGUCCGAGUUGAGACCUAAUUACGAUAAGCAAAUAUUGAGGCUCCAAGAGACACUCCACCAGUUGAAAACCGUCAUUGAAUGCCUCCCGGAUAGGCCUCCGAAAUUAGCAUUGGAAGCAGAGAAGGAGCUGCGUGGCGUAUAUGGCAUCACUGUUCCUUAUCCCGAGCCUCGACCAGGAAGGGAUGCAAAGUACACCGUGGCGUAUUCAAAGCCUACAAAUAUCAAUGUGGUGGGGAGUGUGUCUCUCAAAACGGGCGCCAAAAGCACCGGACCGUUCACGGUGGAUUUAGCAGUAACGAUGCCCAAUACUCUUUUCCAGGAGAAGGACUAUGUCAAUUAUCGAUUUUUCCACAAAAGGGCAUUUUAUAUCGCGAACAUUGCUGCUGGACUCAGGGAGGCCUCGGGCUUAAACCUUGACGUCAAAUUUGGGCUGCAAGAUGGUGAUAGUCUUCGUCCUGUUAUCAUAUUGGAAUUCGAUGCUGGCGACAAGAAAGAGCCCCACGUUCAGAUCCGGAUCAUCACAGCCGUCCAAGACUCUUUGUUCCCGAUGCAUCGAACUUUACCAUCCAAAAACAAUAUACGUCAGGGCUCGGCGGAUAUGCUCGCGCUGGAAGGGUCCACUCCGUUCUACAACGCAGCUCUUCGUUCGGAGGCUACAGUGGCUUUAUAUCACAAAUACUUAUACAAUUCUGCUCGCAGCUGUGACACCUUUAGGGAUGCUUGCAUUUUAGGCCGGCUGUGGUUACGGCAGCGUGGAUUUGGAUCGCCCUUGUAUACUGGCGGGUUCGGCGGGUUUGAGUGGACUGCACUCAUGUCUCUUCUGUUUGAGGGAGGAGGGCCGAACGGCAAGCCCAUCCUUCUUAGAUCAUACAGUAGCUAUCAGCUAUUCAAAGCGACCUUGCAAUUUCUUGCUGGAAGGGAUUUGACUCAUCCAUUGUUGUUUUUCGCUACGGAUAUCUCUUUUCCCAGCCGGAGUCCCACAUUGUAUGACGGCAAGAGGGGGUUGAACGUUCUUUACAAGAUGACAAACUGGUCAUACGCAUCCCUACGCCGCGAGGCAAACACUACGGUCAACAUGUUGAACGAGUCUCGUGAUGAUAACUUCGACAAGGUCUUCAUCGUCAAAGUGAACGAACCUUUGCUAAAGUUUGACCGGAUUGUCAAGCUGCCUUCCCCAGACAGCACAAAUAUUCUUCGAAACCUCCGCAACCAGACCUCGAUCUAUGACGUAAUCGCUGAAGCCCUUGGGGAUAGGGCCGAUCAUAUACACAUAUACAGUGAUACCACCGAACCCUGGGCAAUGGAGGCGAAAACGAACCGGAAGCCAGAAAACAAAGGCAUAUUUAUUGGGUUACUUUUGAAUACAGAGAAUGCUGCGCGUGUUGUUGACCAUGGUCCGUCUGCAGAAGAGAAAGAAGAGGCAGAAUCUUUCCGGGCCUUCUGGGGGGAAAAGGCUGAGCUUCGGCGCUUCAAAGAUGGUAGCAUCCGAGAGAGUUUGGUAUGGGCUGAUGAAGCAUCUUCACCGUCUAUAAUAUACCAGAUUUUGGCGUAUGUCUUACGGCGUCAUUUCAAUUACACUGAAGAUGACGUGGGAUAUGUUGGGGAUGAGUAUGAUCAGAAAGUACGCCAAAGUGGUGGUGAUGUUUUUUCAUACUCCAGUCCAUCCUUUCAGUUGAUCACCGAUGCCUUUAAAGCGGUGCAGAAGUCCAUUCAAGGAAUGGACGGUGUUCCUCUUACUGUCAGGCAUCUGGCGCCAGCCAGUUCAAGUUUGCGUUAUACUGCCCUCCAGAUACAGGGUGCUGCCGGAACCGCAUGUGACCCGGCCGAUAUAGUCCUUCAGUUUGAAAGUUCGGCUCGGUGGCCCGAUGAUUUGAAAGCCAUUCAGAUGACCAAGGCGGCGUUCCUUGUCAAGAUAGGGGAUUUUUUAAAGUCAGCCGGGGUUGCAUCCCUUUGUCGAGUUGGAUUAGAGAAUGAGUCGAGCGUGAUCCUGAAUAAUGCGUUUUUGGAUAUUACCCAUACGACCGGAGUUGUCUUUCGCCUGAGGAUUCAUCACGAUCGGGAGCAGCUGCUGUUAGAGCGUCUACUGAAGGAUAGAGGCCUUUGUUCGCUAGCGAAGCAGCAGCUUGCCUACUCCUUAUCCGCAUACAAACGACAAUUCAUCCAAGCUCCUCGCCUGACACAAGCAAUUUGCACCUUGUGUACGCGUUUUCCGUUGCUCUCGCCUACAAUCCGCCUUGUUAAACAUUGGAUCAACUGUCACCUGCUCGCAGGACAUGUCAAUGAGGAAUUGGUUGAGUUGCUGGUGGUUCGGGUCUUUACCCAACCUUAUCCAUGGGGCGCCCCAUCAAGUGUUAUGGCUGGCUUUCUGAGGACUCUUCACUUACUGUCCCGGUGGGACUGGCAGCAAGAGGCGUUGAUUGUCGAUUUUGGCGAACUCGACAAGAGUUUGAUAGAAGUCAUUCAAACACGGUUUUCAGCCUGGCGAAGCAUUGAUCCGACAAUGAACACCGUUGCCCUGUUCGUUGCCUCCGAUAUUGAUACUGACGGGGUGACUUGGACACAGCAUGAAAUGCCCCCGAAGGUCGUGGCAGCUCGGAUGUGCAGUUUGGCAAAGGCAGCCAUGAAAUUAGUACGGGAGCAAGGUUAUGGCCUUGCUAUAUCGGAUUUGUUCAAAACAUCUUUAUCGCCUUACGAUUUCAUCAUCAAUAUUCGCUCGGGCCUGUUGCAUGAACGUUCGACGCUGUCAGCAAAAUUCAGGAAUCUCAGGGAACAGAAAAGCGGUCAGCCGGUCAGACUUGAAAUUAUCCGUUCAUUUGUUCGUGAUCUGCAGGCAUGCUAUAGCCCAAAUAUCAUUUUUUUCUAUAGCGGCGAUAGCUGCAAUGUGAUUGCCGGGCUUUGGAAUCCGCAGGUCCUCAAACCGAAGACAUGGACAUUGAAGCUGGCACAUUCAACAUGCCCAGUGCACCCGGCAGGUUCGAAGGCGAACGAUGAAGUCUCUAUCAAUUGCAAGGCCAUAUUGGAUGAGAUUUCUAGACUAGGUGCAACCUUGGUUGACAGUAUCAAGGUUCAAAAAGCAGGGCUGGUUUUGGAGGAAUAAUUUUGGAUGUCUGUCAACAGCAAAAAAACGUCUUCUCAUUUAUUUCUCAAGUACCCGAUCAAGUCCUAGGAGCGCCGUUGCAAUGCGACUAUGAAGGCCAACCCCAAGAUCUUGUUAGAAAGAGAAUCAUUGAAU